CAGCCCGUUAGACUGGAUGGCGGUGGGGUAGAUCUUAUUCUGGUCUUUUCCACACCUCUUCUUUUGGUUCCCGAGCUUCGGCCUCAGGAUCCGCACCGUGUAUCCCGCGUUCCAUCUGCCUUCUGAGACUGCCCUUCUUCAGGGAGAGCACUCAGGAGACCAGGAAAAUGGCCUCGAGGCUCCUGAAAGCCAAGAAAGAGGCAUUCGUGGCGUUCGGGGAUGUGGCUGUGGACUUCACCCAGGAGGAGUGGAGGUUGUUGAGCCCUGCUCAGAGGACCCUGCACAGGGAGGUGAUGAUGGAGACUUACAGCCACUUGAUCUCACUGGAAAUUCCAUUUUCCAAACCAAAACUCAUUUCUCAGCUGGAGCGAGGGGAAGAGCCCUGGAAAGAGGAGAGACAAAGUCUCCUGAGACUCUGCCCAGCAGGAUCAAAGCUGGAAACUCAGCCUUGUUUCCCCUGUCCUCCGGCAUUCUCUAGUCAGCAAGCCCUCAGCCAACAUGUGUGGCUCAGUCAUCUCCCUCAGCUGUUCUCAAGUUUACGUGCAGGAAAUCAUCUCCACCCAGGGAAACCCUAUUCAGAAGAUCAGGAACAGCAGCAGGAGCAGCUCUUUGAUCAAACCUGCUUGAGCAACAAAGCAGACCUUCAAGAGAGAGAAGAAGAUUUCAAGCCCGUGUGUGGGAGAGAAAGCAGAAGCCGGACUUUGGAGGUGUUCUCCAGCGCCCCGGAAGAACAGCCAGUAAGGGCCAAGGAAGACAACUUAGUGGUGGAUGUAGGGCCCAGCCCAGAGGAAAUACUGUGUGGUUUAGAAGUCUCAGGAUUUGGAGCAAUCAGAUAUGGAGAGCUUGGGCUAGGCUUUAUCAAGGAGUCAAACCAGCUCAGCCUCCAGAAGACACACACGGGGGAGACACCUUACAUGUACACGGAGUGGAGACAAGGCUUUAGCAGUAUGUCAGUCCUCAUCAAAAACCAGAGGACACACUCUGCAGAAAAGCCUUAUGUGUGCAGGGAAUGUGGGCGAGGCUUUACCUGGAAAUCAAACCUCGUCACCCACCAGAGGACACACUCAGGGGAGAAACCUUAUGUGUGCAAGGAAUGUGGACGAGGCUUUACCUGGAAGUCAAACCUCUUCACACAUCAGCGGACACACUCAGGGGUCAGGCCUUACAUGUGCAAGGAAUGUGGGCAGAGCUUUAGCCUGAAGUCGAACCUCAUCACACACCAGAGGGCACACUCUGGGGAGAAGCCUUAUGUUUGCAGGGAAUGUGGGCGAGCCUUUCGCCAGCAUUCACACCUCAUCAGACAUAAGAGGAUACAUUCAGGAGAGAAGCCUUAUGUUUGCAGGGAAUGUGAGCAAGGCUUUAGCCAGAAGUCACACCUCAUUAGACACUUAAGGACACACACAGGAGAGAAGCCUUAUGUGUGCACAGAAUGUGGGCGUCACUUUAGCUGGAAAUCAAACCUCAAGACACACCAGCGAACACACUCAGGGGUUAAACCUUAUGUGUGCCUGGAGUGUGGGCAGUGCUUUAGCCUGAAGUCAAACCUCAACAAACACCAGAGGUCACACACUGGGGAGAAGCCAUUUGUAUGCAGGGAGUGUGGGAGAGCAUUCACCCGGAAAUCAACCCUCAUCACACACCAGAGGACGCACUCCGGGGAGAAGCCAUUUGUAUGCAGGGAGUGUGGCCGAGGCUUUAACGAUAAGUCAACCCUCAUCUCACACCAGAGGACACACUCAGGGGAAAAGCCUUUCAUGUGCAGGGAGUGUGGCAGAAGGUUUAGCCAGAAGCCAAACCUGUUUCGGCACAAGAGGGCACACUCAGGUGAUACACCCUUUGUGUGCAGGGAGUGUGGGCAAGGCUUUUGUGAUAAGUUAACUCUCAUUACACACCAGAGGGCACACUCAGGGGGGAAGCCCCAUGUGUGCAGGGAGUGUGGACAGGGCUUUAGCCGGCAGUCACACCUAAUUAGACACCAGAGGAUACAUUCAGGAGAGAAGCCUUAUGUUUGUAGGAAGUGUGGGCGAGGAUUUAGUCGGAAAUCAAACCUCAUCAGGCAUCAGAGGACACACUCAGGAUAGAAACCUUGAGUGUACAAGGAGUGUAGUGAAACCUUUAGCCAAUAGUCACCCUUCAUGAGACACCAGAGGUCACACCCAAGGCUGUGGCUUUAGUAAGAAAUCUGCCAUUGCCGGACACUAAAGCAGGGACAUCUUAUGUGUGAUGGGAGUGCUCAUGAGACUGUUAACUGUAAGGGUCAACGUCUCUAGUCCACCUGAGGAAUUGCUGGCCCAUUUUCAGGAGCUCUGGCUUUCCCUAGUGGGGAUGGAGGUUGUGGACAGUCUCUCAGGUAACUUGAUGGGGCAGAAUACUUCUUAAGUAGGUUGAAAUGAGAGAAUGGACACUAUUCCAGUGUCACUUCCCAAGUAUACUUGAGCUAUCCUUCCACAGUAACCUGGAUGUUAAGGAAACAACAGUUCUAGAGCUCAUCUCUUAAUGUCUGCCUGGCCUUCUGCGAACAAGAGGCUUGACAGACACCAUGGCUGAUUUAAUCUUAGUUCCCCAGAGCAUGACCCAGCAGAGUCAGCUUCAGGGAGAGCUUGGGAAAUGGUGAACUCAUGGGGACAGAGAUAGUGCGUGGGUAGAAGAUUUUAUUAGACAGAGGGCUGACAGGUAAGAAAGACUGUAACUAUUGUAGCUCUAGGUUUGGGAAGAGGUGUCCAUUUUUGGAAAUACCGUACCUUUGCUCGCUUCCUGGGGCACUCUCUGGUUUCUAGGUUGAAUCCAUACUGAAGCUAUUUUUAUUAACUAGUGCAUUUAGCCUAGAAAUGUGUUAUUUAGUGUUACGAAGAAAACGUGCACGUAUAUACAGAAGCACAAAAUGAAAUUACUUUCUAUUCUUUGAAUCACCAUACAACAUCCCAUUAGUAAUUAUUUGGUUUAAAUCUUUCCACCUGUUGUAAAAUAGACUACUUUUUUGGUUGAGAAUACUCUCUUUUUGAAAAUGACCAUGUCCCACAAAUUCACUUAGGAUUUUGUCCCAAGGCCCAGGUUUUUUUCAUGAAACUUGACUAUGAUUGUGAAUUUUAUUUGGAAAAUAAAAAUUUCCAAGAAUGGGCAGGAAAGUAUAGGAAUUGCAUAAUAACAUACAUCUUUUUAUCUGUGUAUAGGUGUUUAGAAUAGAUAUUUAAAACCAUAAGAAAACAAAAUAUAUGAGUAUUUAGAAAGUGGUGAAGCAGGAUUUCAAGUACAAGAUUCAGUGCCUGGAUCAUUGACUCUCAAUUUAGGGAAGAAAAUAAAAGAGGUCCCCAAAUGUCAAUACCCAAAGGAGUGUGUUAGGGAAUCACUAUCUCAAAUAGUGUGAGGUGUAGAGUUUUACUUUUUGUUCAAAAUCUGAGUCUGAGUGGAGUGAGCAGAACCUGAUGGAAAAUUAUGAAGUAUUAUCCUAGAUGGAGCAAGUGCCAUGGCUUUUCUUAUCCUUCUCUGUGGUAAACCCUGGUCCAGUGCCCUUACUCUUUCACAACAGAAAAAUACCUUUUGUGUUUUAAUCUCUUUGAGUCUUAGACUCUAAUUAUUCUUUUCCAUAAAAUCAUGUCACAAAAAGGAUUCCAAAAUUAAACGUGUACCAUUUACUGCUUUUUAACUUUUAGAAGGAAUAUUUCAGUUUUCAGUGUAAUCGGUACAUUAAAAAUAAAUAAAUAAAAGAUUUUGCCCUGAAGUAUUUAAAACUCUCAACAGGAAAAAAAAAAAAAAAAAAAAGAGCACUGCCGGUGUAUGAAGAGUCAAGCAGAUUCAAAGAGAUACAAACCCUGGGAGACAUUUCUGUGGAGCAGCAACCAAACAGAAGGACCUGGAAAUGUUCUGAGAAGGGGGUAGAAAGAAGUCCCAUCCUUUGGCCCUGUCCAGACCCACCUCUACUGAUUCUUAAACCCACAUAAGGCCUUCUGCCUCAGAGGAGACAGAAUUGGGACAGGUAACCUGAGUUGUCCGUCGGGGCCUAGCAUUAAAAUCUGUGUGCAAAUUUGGAAGCUGUAUAGGAGGCAAACAUGACAUGGUAUUCAGAUAAGUCUUCUCAGUCUUGUGUUUUUAUUUUUUAUUUUUUUCAAUCUGUGUCUGGACUACCAAUCCACUAGUGCCCCCCAUUUCAUAUCCUGAGGUGUUAGGUCUAGAUGUUUAAAACAGACAGAAAAAGUGCCCCAGACCAACCACUGCCCAUCCUGCCAAUCCUCUGGUAAGUAGUAGACUAUAAAGCAUGGAGAAAUUUUUGAAGAAAAGAUGAUAAACAGUAUGAAACAAUGAAUAUUGCUUCAAAUCCAUUAAGCCUGUUAUGGUCACCAUUGAAAUGUUCCAGUUUAAAAGUUUGCAGUAAAUUUUAAUAUAACUUUCAUUUAAUUCUGUCCUAUUAUUAUGGAUCAGUGGUUCUCUGAGUGUGGUCAGAGGGUGUUAGGGGGCUCUUUCAAGUGAUCUGCAUGGCCAAAACAAAUUUCAUUAUAACACUUAAGACAUUGCUUGCUUUUUGUUGCUGCGCUGAAAUUUGUGCUGAUGGUGCAAAAGCAGCGUGGAUAAAACUGCUGGCUUUAACAUGAAUCAAGGCAGUGUCACCAAAUCGUACUUCUAGUUAUUGUAUUCUUUUCUUCCCCUGACUUGUGGUUAAAAGAAAAAAGCCAAUUCCACUUAAGAAUGUUAUUCAUAAAAUAGUAAAAAUUUAAUUUUGUUAAAUUUUGACCUUUGAGUAAAACAUUUUAAAAUUAUACUUUUAAUUUUGAGAUAAUUGUAGAUUAACACACAGUUGUAAGAAGUUAUAUAGGGAGAUCCCAUGUACUCUGGCCGUUUUACUCCAAUGGUAAUGUUUUAUAAAACAGCACUGUAAUAUCACGGCUAGGAUACUAAAGUUGAUACGAACACAUCUUUUAAAAAUUUUAUGUGAUGAAAAGAGAAAUACUCAUAAAGUCCUUCAUGUUGAAGUAUGAAGUUGUUUCAAGGAAAUGCACUUCUAUGAUUGUUUUAUUUGUGAGCCGAACCAGCUACCUUUUUAACGGACAUCAAUUUUAUUUGAAAUAUUAGGUGACAGAUUUUGAGUAAGAUGACUCAGACUUGGAUAUUUGAUAGACAUUUUAUCAAAAUUGAAGUGAAUUUUAAACUGACAAUAAAGAAAACUGAUAGUAAUUCUUGUUAAUUUGGUUUUCAAGCAAAAAAUUAGAAUACUGAAAAACAAGAUAUCGCCACCAUGAACUUGACCCCUUCCCAAUACUUAGUCCUUUGUGAUGAGAUCGGUGAUGCUAAUAAUGAAUGUGAUUUUAUAAUACCAUAUAAUGAAAUAUGGCAAUGAGAGAUCUGCCUAAUUCACUAAAUCAAUAUUUUCCAAAUGAUUAGUACAUAAUGCUGCAAUAUCAUCUGUGGGUAUAUUAAAGUAUAAGAUAGACAAAUGGAUUUUAAUUUAAGAGCUGAAGAGCCAGAUUCCACAUUAUAAGUAACUUUAAGAAAUUACCACUUGUUGAUUGUUGGUAUAAUAUCAAAGAAUAAUAUUUAGACAAUUACUGAAAAGUUCAUUAAAACACUUGUCCAUUUUCUAACUAUAUCUGUGUGAGGCCAGAUUUUCCUUAUUUAUGUCAACAGAUUAACUGUAGGAGCACGUAUAAAAUACUAGCUAUAUUCUGUUAAACUGGACAUUGAAGAGAUUUGCAAAAAUAUAAAACAACACUUCUCACCUUUUUUUAGGGUGGAAAAUGUUCAAACCCAAGUAAAACUGAAACACUUUACUUUUCACCUUUAAUUGUAUUGUUUCUAGAUGUUUAUGGUCUAUAACACACAGUGGAAAACACUUCACUCUCACAUACACCAGAAAAAAAAAGUUAUAUUCUAAUACCUAAACUACUAUUAACAUCUAUGCUUUAUAUAAUUUAAACUAGGCAUAGAAGAAACAAAUGCAGAGAAAAUGCUUGUUAACACCUACUGACAGAGGUAAACCUGCCAGCAGGUAUGCUGCUCUAACGAGACAAAACAGGAACUUGGGGGAUAUUCAUUUCUAGAACUAAAUGAUAUAAUUACUUAAUCUCCAUGCUUGUGGCUGUGUGUCUCUUUCUGAAUAUUCUUGCCAAUUAUUUUUUCUAUUUUUUAAUCUCUCCUUUUUAAUAUAUCUUUUUAUAUCUACAUUUUUAAAUCAAAGAAGCAGCUUUAUGCUUUUAAUCAUUUCUUUAGUGUGUCUUUAUAUUUUGUUAAUUUCUGGUAAUAUUUACUAAUUUCAAGCUAAUUUCCUUUUUAUUGUAUUGUUUUUCAAGCUUAUUUAAUCAAUUUGGUUUAUAUAUCAUCUUUUUACUAUUCUGAAAGUUCAUUUCUAAAUGGCACAUAUUUUUCAUUUUAUUUUCCCUUUUAGACAAGAAUUACUGUUUCAAAAAGUGCUUACAAAUGGCUAGUUGGCUAUAUUUAUUUUUACAAGAUCCUAGUAUUUAACUUUUUAUGUUAUAGCAUUGUAAUCAAUGUAUUUGUGAUUUCUUCCAUUUUAAUUCAUAAAGUUUAGUUUUGAAUGUGAUCAAGCUCUGGAUCUUAAAGCAAAUAUUUAAUGUGUGAGUGUAUAUACCUACUUUAAUAAUAUUAUACAAAAUUAACACAAAAGUUUAUAAAAUUUGGUAUUUUUCAAUAGUUAUUUUAUUCUCCUGUUGUUUUGAUUAAUGAUCUAUCUUUACUUUUAUUUAUUAAUUUAUAUUAUAUGUUUAGCACGUGUAAAGUUAGUGAUAUAAGUGUAAAUAUAAAUAUUAUUAAUAGAACAAAUGCCAUUAUGUUCACCCCAGCAGAAGAAAUAAGCCUUAUUAUUUUUUAAAAUAAUUAUUUUUUAAAACUUAGUACUUACAUUUCUAUAAGUGAUAUAAUAAAUUUAUGAUCAUGUUAGGAAACAUUUCUCCAUAUAUUUCCAUCCAAUUUUGCCUAAUACAUUUCAAAGCUAUUUUAUUUAGCUCUAUGGAAAUUAAUAACAUUUCUUCUUGAUGAAUUUUCUCUUCUAAAGCCAUGGAGCAACUUCAGGUCCCAUUCAGUACUUCUAAUUAGUCUGCUUUCAAUAGUGUUGCACUUGCCUUUUUUGGUAGUAUUUACUUUUUUAAGUAAAAUUACCUUACAGCUUUUGGUAGUAUUUUUAUUUUGAUAUUAUUAUUUUGUGAAUGAAGUAUUCACUAAGUAUUUUAAACUUUGUAUAGUACUGAAAGCCAUAGUCAGAACAAUUAGGUACGAAAGAGAAGUCAUCUGAAUUGAAAAGGAGGAAAUAAAACUGUCUCUAUUUGCAGACAACAUCAUUCUAUACAUAGAAAAUGUAGAUGAAUCCAUUAAGAAACUACAGAAACCUAAUAUAUAGGUUCAGUGAGAAAACCAUCCCAUUUACAACAGCAUCAGGAAGAAUAAAAUACCUAAGAAUAACUUUAACCAAGGAGGUAAAAAGACUUGUACACUGAAAACUGCAAAACAACAAAAAAAGAAAAACUAUAAAACUAUAACAUUUAAGAAGAUCUUAAUAAAUGUAAAGGUAUCCCAUGUUCAUGGAUUGAAAGACUGAAUAUUGGUAAGAUGUCAAUACUACCUGAAGAGAAUUGGGUGAAUUGGAUUUGGCUCAGAGGCUAUUGUUUGUUGAACCCUAGUUUAAUUUAAAAUACUCUAUUUCAGUAUUUCAAAGUUAAUAAUUUGUAUUCUGGGAUAAUUUUUGUCUUCCAAUUUCCACAUGAUAGCCAUAGUAAUAAUUUUCACAUUGAUUGCUUUUAUGAAGGAAAUUUUCACCAAUUUCAGUAUUAAGGUAUGGAGAAAUCAUUCUGGCUUACACAUGAUUUUGGUUGAACUUUAUGCUAACUAGAACAGCCUGCCUUACAGUCUGUCAAACAUGCAUUUUGCACAUCUGCUUUAACCAUUAAAGAAAUGAAUGCAUUUA